AUGUUUAUGGAGGAAUCGAUGAAUGUUUUGUGGGAGCUUGGUUGGCUAGCCAUUGAGGCAAAAGCUGCCCUACUGGAAGCUGAUGCUCCACCUAUUGAUAAAAGGGUUUUGACAAAAGGGUUUCUUUGUUGGACUUGUGCGUGUGAAGUUGGAGAAUUGGGGUUGGUCUUGAGGGGAAAUGAUGACUUGGUUAGUUUUGGGAUCAACAUCAGCAAGAGCAAGAAACAAGUGAGUGUAUAA